AUGUCCUCGCAAUUCUCGUUCUCGAUAUUGAUCGUUGGAGCGGGGCCAUCCGGAAACACGGCAGCGGCGGCAUUGGCUUCUGACGGGCACCAGGUGGCCGUACUCGAACGCGGCUCUCGACUUCAAACACGGGGAGGGAAUCUCAUCGUACAACCUUCCGCUGUGAAAUGCCUGAGCCUGAUUGGCAUCACAGAAUCUCUGGACAAGGUGUCUGUGGAAACCGUCAGUGACAUCCUAUGGAGAUACAAGGACGAUGAGCCGUUCACGGUCACAAAAGCCAUUCCCACCGGGACGGUCCGGAAGCCUACCGAUAGGCCAUCACUGCAGCGAAUCACCUAUGAAGCUGCUAUUAUCGCAGGAGCCAAAUAUCUGUUCAACAAGAACGUUGCCGACAUCAUUGAGGAGAAAAGUGGCAAACUUCGUGUGGUCGUGGAGGAUGGCAGCGAUUACGAGGCUGAUAUUGUGAUUGGCGCUGAUGGCAUCAAGUCACGCGUCCGGGAGCUCAUGUUCCCCGGACAAAACGUGGAUGCCACAGUAACAACUGAAUGCAUAUUUCAGACAGAGGUUGACAUCGCCAGCGUGCAGAACGACCCAGUCGCCGCUCCGCUUGGCGCUUGCUCGCACCAUCUCAUGUUCGGUCCCGGGCUUUACUGUGUCGGUCGGCCGACUGCUCAUGGUACCGUUCGCAUACUUCUAUGCAGUCUGCAUUACGGGCUGCCAUCCGCCGACGCGGAUCUGGGUGGAACCUGGAACUCGGAUGGCAACCCUGAAGAGAUCCGCGAAAUGUUCAAGGGGUUCGGGGCGCCGCUGCGUGCUUACAUCGAAUGUGUAAUACGUGGGGGUUACCCUAUCGACAAGUGGCACAUUGCCACAGCACCAAAGAUGGAGACCUGGUUAGGAUUUGACGGACGGUGUCUUCUUCUCGGGGAUGCUGCGCAUGCCAUGUUGCCGCAUACUGCCCAAGGGGUGAGCCAAGGCAUCGAGGACGGCUUAGCCCUCAGAACAGCCCUUCGCUGGUGUGAUAGUCAAGACAAACUGGGUGCUACUUUGAAGAAAUGGGAGGCUCUUAGAAAGCCACGCGCUGAAAAGAUGUUUGAUGUCGGCCACGAGAACAUUGUCUUGUUCACCCUUCCUGAUGGGCCAGAGCAAGAAGCGAGGGAUGAGAAACUUCUAGCUGGGGGUUUCACUGGUCACCCAACGGACUGGGAAAGCAUUAAAAUGGACGCGAAUGCUCCAACUAGGACGCCGCAAUUCACAAAAUGGGCCAUGUGUUACGAUGUGGUUGCAGAGCUCUUGAAAGGCGGUGUUUAA